AUGGUGACGUGUUGGAAACGAUCGGAAAACCGUUUGGAGGAAGCACAGUGCACGGAUGGGGGUCCACCUGCAGCCCCCCAGUCCCAUUUCCCACACAAGGCAUUCUGGGUCAGCCUCUCAGCCCUUCUGCUCUUGCUGGUCAUCGCCCUAGGUUUGACGGGGAACCUCGGGCUGUCUCAACCCCCCUCUCAGCCUUCACAGAUUGUGAGGAUCUCGGUUCAAGAUCCGACUGGACUCGUGAUCAACCAGUCGGCGGUGGUGGACCAGCAGAACGACCUGGUGACCUUUUCGGUGACCUCGCCGGCCAAUCAGACGUCCACCGUGCUGUUUGAUGUCAAACGCGGUUUGAUAUGUUACAAACCAGUGGGCCAGGACACCUGCUUCCUGCAGAAGAUGGAGGAGUCCGAUUAUGACAACGUGCGCGCCCUCCUUCAUGAGCAAACCCACCAGCAGAGUCACUUCCAGCUGUCUGGGAACGAGACCCAGAGGCAGACGGAGUUCCUGGGGGUACUGGCGGCCAGUCGGGUGGAUGUGUCCACUCUGGAGGAGCCUCUGCAGGCGCUGUGUCACGACAGCUCCGUCCACUGGACCAGGAGGGCGAACGGCCCGGGCAAACAGAGGCUGGUCUACUUCUGCAUCGACAUCUGUUUCCCCAGCAACAUCUGCGUGUCUGUGUGUUUCUACUACCUGCCAGAGUGA